AUGUACCUUACAAAUGAUUCUGACUGGUUACUUCAUCCACUAAACAUAACAACAGAACCAUUACUUAUUCUCGGUCUAACUUUUAGUUGCAUUAGCAUUUUAGCCUUAACUGCAAAUUUUGCAUUACUUGUUUAUAUCAUAUCACAUCGUCUCUAUCGCAACUUUAUAUCAUCACAUUUCAUUGCGCAUUUGUGCAUUACUAAUGCUGUCGCUCUAUGCAUAUUACUGCCAAUGUUUAUAUAUGCCGUAUGGACAGGUCGCAACCUAUGGGCAUAUAGUAAUUUAAUGUGCCGAAUACAGACGCUGCUAACAUGUUCGGUGUGGACUGUUACUCAUUUUAUGGCUUUAUGUAUUGCUGGCGUUCACUUAUUAACUUUCGCCCGAAUACAUUACGAACAACUGUUCGGUUUGCCACCUAAUAUGUUAUGUGCAUUGGCUUGGCUUAUUGCUUUUGGUUUAGCUUUACCAACGAUUACCAAUGGACAUAUCGUUAUUUAUGAUCCUGCUUUCCGACACUGCAUAUGGGGAAACAGUGAUAGCGGGUUAAAAUUUCUUACUUAUCAAAUCAUACUUGGCGUUUUUAUACCAGCAUCACUAGCAUCAUAUGCUUAUGUUCGAGUGCUCGGUAUUCUUUAUCACAGCCCGAUUGUUUUUCAAAGUAUUGGACUAUACAAAAGCAGAUUUCUGGUUUAUGCAUUCCUUCUCAGUCCUUUCUACCAACUUCCAUUUUAUUUGAUCACGAUGGUGCAAAAAUGGCGAGCUAUCACUUCAGUAUUUCCAAUUAUUUUUAUGUUUCUCGCAUACACACAAUGUAUUGUCUCACCAACGCUUUAUGGAGCUUCAUUAUUUCUUAUGAAAGAAGAAGAUAUGGCGCUGACUGCUCGUGCUCAUAAAUCUCCAAACGCUCAUCAUUUAACACAACGUCUAUAA